CUCAAAUCUAAUAAGUAACACCUCUAAACAAAGCAGAAAUGAGAAAUAGUGAGGGUCAAGAAACACAUGUUCUAUUGGUAGCACUACCAUUUCAAGGUCAUCUUAAUCCAAUGCUCAAAUUCGCCAAACAUCUCUCACGACCGAACCUCCGCUUCACUCUCGCCACCACCGAGAAAACCCGUGACCUUCUCUUCACCGCAGCCACCACCGCAGACGAAGAACAUCACCGUAGCCUAGUGGACCUUGCUUUCUUCUCCGACGGUCUGCCUAAAGACCACACAAGAGCCGCAGAUUCUCUCAUACCAUCGUUGAGAAAAGUCGGAGCCAAGAACUUGUCUAAAAUUGUCGAAUCAAAGAGAUUCUCUUGCAUCGUCACUGUGCCUUUUGCUCCAUGGGUUCCAGGUGUUGCAGCUGCAUAUAACAUCCCUUGUGCAAUCCUCUGGAUCGAAGCUUGUGGAGCUUUCUCCGUUUAUUACCGUUACUACAUGAAGACGAAUGCUUUCCCUGAGAAUCUCGAAGAUUUGAAUCAAACGGUUGAUUUGCCAGGUUUACCAUUGUUGGAAGUCGGAGAUCUCCCUUCGUUUCUCUUGCCUUCUUCAGGAAGCCAUUUCAAUAGCCUAAUGGUGGAGUUCGUCGAUUGCUUGAAAGAUGUGAAAUGGGUUUUGGUUAAUUCGUUCUACGAGCUCGAAUCAGAGAUAAUCGAAUCGAUGUCUGGUUUAAAACCCAUGAUCCCAAUUGGUCCUCUGGUUUCUCCGUUUCUGUUGGGAGCUGAUGAAGAAGACAAAACCCUAGAUGGUAAGGAUCCGCCGCCGCGGAUAUGA